AUGCCCAUCCCUCACCUGAUUGCGACGAGAGUCACCUGCGCCUAUCGCUACUGGCUGUGUUUUGCCUCGGUUUCUUUUGUUCGCAUUGAAUUUCUGAACUUGGGUGACGACCCGACGUACAACAACAUAGCUCCGGCGGGGUGGUCAUUCGGUGAACUUUGCGCCGGCCUAGUAACGGCUUGUCUGCCCACUCUGCGGCCUCUUUUGUUCCGCGUCCUCAUUCCGAAGCUGUCGUCAACGAGAGAUUUCUUGAGCCGAAAGACGCCUCUGCGCAGUAGAGGCUCGUCCAGGUCGGCGUCCGGCGGCUUUGCCGAGGACAGUGCAGUCGCACUGUCAGAGAAUGCUUGUGGGAUGCCAACUAUUGGAAAGGACGAAGAAGAAGGGUACGGGAUACCCGACACUUCAAAGCAGGAGUUUCGGAACGCGAUGUAG